AUGUCGUCCUCCGCGCUCGCUUUCCGCACCGUCGUGUCGUCGCGCGCGCCGCCGCGCCGCUCGAAGACGACCGCGCGUCGCGCCGCGACGCCGUCGCCGCGCGUCGUCGUCGUCCGCUCAUCGGAAGCGCAGCAGACCGCGUCGACUGAACCGGCGCCCGCGCCGGUCGCGCCGCCGUCCGAGAAACCUAUCGUCGUCUUCGGCGCGAACGGGAAGACGGGCAAGCGAUGCGUCGCGCACGCCGCGAAGGCUGGCGUCCCGGUCGUCGCGUGCACGCGCUCGGGAUCGUUCGCGUCCGCGGACCUCGCGAUGAGCGCGGACGAUCAAAAGCUAGUCACCGCCAAAGCCGGCGACGUCUCGAAAGCGUCCCAGGCUGAGCUCGAGGCGCUCGUGUCCGGCGCCGGCGCGAUCAUCUUCGCCGCGUCGGCGUCCCCCGGCGGCGGCUCCCCGCAGGACGUCGACAAAGCCGGCCUCGUCGCCGUCGCGCGCGCGGCGAUCGCUGCGAACGUCCCGCGGCUCGUGAUCGUCUCCUCCGGGUCCGUGUCCAAGCCGCUGUCGCCCGUGUACGUCUUCCUGAACUUCUUCGGGGGCAUCAUGCGCGCGAAGAUCGAGGGCGAGGACGCCGUUCGCGCGUUGUACUUUAAUCGCGAAGACGCGGACUACGUGUGCGUGCGGCCCGGAGGACUCACGGAGGACCCCGGACAGGGCGUCCGCGCGAUCGAGCUGAACCAGGGCGAUGAUAAGAGCGGGCGGAUCUCGCGCGAGGACGUCGCCGCGAUCUGCGUCGAGGCGGCGCGCGCGGCGGGGACGCCGGCGGCGAAGAACGCGACGUUCGAGUGCUACUGGAAGGACACCGCGAAGAGUCUCGGAGAGGUGGGACUCUCGAAUAUGAUGGGCGGCACGUCGAACGAGGCGGAGUACGUCUCCGGGAAGGAGAGGCGCGGGGAGAGCUGGGAGGAGCUGUUCGACGGGUUGGAGUCGGACGCCGCGGGGGUCGCGCAGCAAGGGUGGGGGCCGUCGUUGUGA